AUGUCAAAACCUUCCGUUCUUAUCGUCGGCGGCGGCGCCUUCGGAACAUCCACAGCGUUCCAUCUCAACAAGCGAGGAUAUUCGUCGGUGACCGUGCUCGACCGGUUUGAUGCUCCGUCUACCGACGCCGCAGCCACCGACCUCAACAAGGUCAUUCGGUUCGAUUAUCCAAACCCCCUCUACUCAGCCCUCGGUCGUGAGGCAUACGACGCAUGGACUUCCCCCUCGUCGCUUUUUGCCGGUCUCUAUCGUAAGACUGGCUGGAUCAUGUCCGGCCAUGAAAUGACGGUCGACUGGCUGAAGAAGGCCUUUAGCCAAGCCAAGGAUGAGAACAGGCAAAAUGUCGGUUGGCUCAGUGCUGGCGACAUCAAGAGCCGGUGGCCCGCUUUUAGCGGCCAGUUUCCUGGAUGGACGAACCUGUUCAGCGGCAAUGCAGGAUGGGUACCUUCUGGAGAGGCGCUCCUACGAAUGGCAAGAGCGGCCGAGACGAAUGGAGUCAAGUAUGUAUGUGGACGGUCUGGUACGGCCGUGCGCCUCAUCUAUGAUGACAAGAACGGCACCUGCACUGGUGUCCUGACUGCAGAUGGCACGACACACACAGCCGAUCUCGUCAUUCUUGCCAACGGUGCGCAGAUACCGACGCUCAUAGAAGCGAAAGACGAGGUCGAGGCGUCGGCCUCGGCAGUCGCCGUGAUCGAGCUUACGCCGGCGGAGGCUGAGAAGUACAAAGAUAUUCCCAUCAUUGACGACUUCGAACAAGGAAUCAUCUUCCCUCCAGACCGCAACCGCCUGUUGAAACUGUGCAGCUGCCGCUUUCUUGUCAACUACAAGAACAGCCAGCUGCCAGGAGCAUCGAUCGGGGUGUCCCAUGGUGAUCGCCCACACGACGGCAUCCCCCAAGAGAUUGACAAGGAACUGCGAGCCUUCCUACACGAUAUGGCCCCAGACUUGGCCGACAAGCCAUGGGUUACUACCCGUAUGUGCUGGGACGGAAUGUCCAAGGACAUCAACUUCCGGAUCUGUCCACAUCCUAACGCCAAGAACCUCUAUGUCGCUUCGGUCGGGUCUAACCAUGGGUUCAAAUUCCUCCCCGUCAUUGGCAAGUAUGUUGCGGAUAUGCUGGAGGGCAAGCUGUCGCCAGGGCCGACGGAACCAGAUGACGUCGUCAGCAGGAAUCUCGCCACGGUUGAGGGCGAGCGAGUGAAAACUUUCUAUGAGCCUCAACUUGGCCAUUUCAAGAUCGUCAAGCGAGACUUUGGCAAGAGUGCCGCGCAGUGCAUCGUCACUCGACCCAGAAGGUUUGUCCUGAUGCAGUCAGCUUCGGCAAUUGCCCUUGGAGGCUUCGCGGCCGCCUAUCUCUUUCUCCGCCUCAUCCUCUAUUUGACCCAGGAUUCGAGAGAGCCGCCCGCCAUCUUGACCACCGUGCCCUUCUUUGGUCCACUGGUUGGCAUGUUUAGGGAGAAAUCAAGUUUUCCACCUUCGGUUAAGAAGCGGUGGCGCGCUGUUAGCUUCGCCGCCCUUGCUGCCGACGCUGGGUUUCUUGUCGGCCUCAGGAAGGAAGACAACGAAAUACUGCAUCGGGAUCUGACCAGUGAGCACGGCUUCAGUUUCAGUUGGCCCAAGUAUAUAAUGUCCGCUAUGGGCCCUGGAAAGGACCUUGAUUCAAUCAACAGAAAGACGUCUGAGUCGGGCUUCCUGACCCUGUCUGUCUUUCCCCUGGCUUCUAUUUUCUUCCUCAGACUCUAUAAAGCGCGAGAACUAGCAGCAGCAGCUAUGAUCGACUACGUGUGCAAGGGUGGGUACAAGACAGCGUCUGGGCUCGUGCGAAAGCGCUAUGAGCACCACGUGGAGCAGUGGGGACUCAGCCUGGAUGACUUUGCGCGUGGGGAGCUGGGGAACACGUUUGCCGUCCUUGGGAACUCAACGCCGUGCGCACUAUGGGUGCUCUUCCACAUCUUUUCCGACGACCGAGUCUUGGCUGAUGUCCGGAGCGAGGUCUCCGCCAUGGUAAAGUUCAGGGAGGAAGACGGCGUGAACUGCCUUGACCUGGCUACCAUCCGGACGUCUUGUCCCAUCCUUUCGAGUACCUUUCAGGAAACCCUCCGCUUCCGUGCUGUCAACUCUGGACCUCAUGUCGUCCUUGAAGAAGUCCUCCUCAAUGAUCGCAUUCUGCUCAAGAAAGGGAGCAUGCUUAUGAUUCCGGCCCCUUUGCAGCACACAGAUACCUCAGCAUGGGGUGACAACGUCAACAAUUUCGACCACAUGCGUUUUGUCCAUAGUCAAGGCCAGAACUUGAAGAGACCAAAUCGAGUGGCAUUCCGCGCCUUUGGUGGUGGUCACGUCUUAUGCCCUGGGCGACAUUUCGCAAGUACCGAGAUCAUGGCUCUCGCGGCAUUAUUAGCGCUUCAGUUCGACUUUGUGCCUACGAGCAACGGGGGCAAAUGGGUUGAGCCCACCUGGAAGAACUCGCCAAUUCAGGCGGGAUUUCCUAUUCCAGACAAGGAUAUCGACGUCGAGCUUCGGCCCAGAGACCCAAGCAAGAAGUGGGAAGUCACUUUCACCGGCUCAGAAGAGGCUAUGGGGAUUGUUUCUGAGGAUAUCGACCCUUGUUCAGAGUAG